UCAAAACGUGAUCGCCAUGUUUUUAAAACUUGUCCAACAUUAUGUCCAAAACGUGGCUAAAACACGGAUAAAAUAAGAAUAUUUUUAAGCCUAUUUCGUAAGAAAUGCCUCUUCCCGCUGCUCUACAAGCAAGAUUAGCCAAACGUGGUUUGAUAAAGGAUGAAGAACCAGUGAAGGAAAAGAAUGAUUCAAAUCAUGUUUCCAGUGGGACAUGUCCAAAUACCUCAAAUCCAUAUCACGAGUGCUCAGAAUAUUGUCGUAAAAGAUGGGGUUCAAUAACAGAUACUAACACAAAUGAGGCUCAGUAUCAGCAAAUGCCAUUACCUCCGGGUUGGUUUCUUGUGCCAGAUAACAGCAGUGGUGCUAGUUACUAUUGGAAUACCAUGACAAACCAAGUCUCAUGGCUACAUCCACUUAAUCCAAAAGCAAAUGUUACAAAUCCAGCAUCCAGUGAUGGGAAAGGCAAUGAAGUUAUGCCAAAUACAGCAAUUCCAUCACCAUUUGCUGGUUCAGAUGACAAAGAACAAGUGUUAAACAUUGGCAAACAUCCUAGUCUUAUCAGGGGUUCUCAAAAGAAAAUGCAAGCAGCAGUGAAAAGAAAACAACAAGAGCAAGAUGCAAAAGCAAGAAAAAAAAGGAGUGAUGAUCUUGAUCCCCUAGAUCCAGCUGCAUAUUCUGAUGUUCCCAGAGGGACAUGGUCUACAGGCUUGGUUGACAAGGCUGAUGCUAAGACUGGUGUGGAUACAACAGCAAAUGGACCUCUGUUUCAACAAAGACCAUACCCAAGUCCUGGUGAGGUGUUACGGAGAAAUGCCGCAAUAAAAUCCUGACGCUCCGAAAUUCACUUGUAUGUAUAAAAAAUUGAAACAGUUAUAUAACAGGUAUGUAGGGAUUUUGAAGUGUAA